AUGAUAUGGCAGAUGGAAAGGGAAUUUUAGUAAAUGCUGAAGGAAGUGUCUAUAAUGGAGAAUGGUUAGAAGAUAAAGCUAGCGGUUUUGGAAAGUACCAUAGCCAUGAUGGAUUAUACUAUGAAGGACAAUGGUUAGAGGACAAAUAGCAUGGUAUUGGAAAAGAGAUCAAUUCAAGAAGUUCUUAGAUAAAUUAAAUUGUUAGAUGAAUGCUAUGAGGGUGAAUUUUUUAGAGGUGUUAAAUAAGGAGCAGGAAAAUUGACUUUAAAUGCUGAAGAAUUUUAUGAAGGUGAAUUUUAAAAUGGGAUGAUGCAUGGAAAAGGUAAAAAAUUGAAAUAGUAAUAUAGCUUAGGAACUUAUACUUGGAAAAACAAAAAAACUUACACGGGAGAAUGGAAAGAAGGGUAAAUGGAUGGAUUUGGAAUAAUGAAAUGGGAAGAUGGAAGAUAUUAUGAAGGUAAUUUUUAGAAAGGAAAAUAUCAUGGGGAAGGUACAUUUGUUUGGAAAGGGAAAAAGUAUGUAGGUGCAUGGAUUAAUGGUUAUUAAGAAGGGGAAGGAACUUAUUAUGAUAAAUAAGGUUAGAGUAGAGUGGGAAUUUGGAAGAAUGGAAAGAGAGUAGAAUGGGUUGAUGAUAUAAGUAGUAGCAAUAGCAUUGAAUAAACAAUUUGA